AUGCUUAAGAACUAUGCUUCCCAAGAAAUUCUUUACCAGCUUUUAUUUGGUGAUGAUCAAGACAAAAAAAAAGUAUGUAAGAACAGAUAUAAUAAUGAGAAUAUAUGUUUAAUAUGUAUGAAGAAGCCAAAUAAAGAUGAGGAUAUGUUAAAGUAUACAUGUGUAGACUGUCGUAGAAGCCUACUUGCACUGGAGGGUUUCAAAUAUCACUGUAAGGAUAUAAAGACAAAACUAUCUCAUUUAGAUAAUGUAUGUACAGUUAUUUAUGAACAACUAAGGAAAGUUUCAACAAAUUUAAGGGUUUCCAGAAAUCCUAAUGUCCCAAAUUGGUGUAAUCGUGAUGUACCACCUAUGAAGAGUUCAACUGAUAAGAAGCAUAAUUAUAUACAAUGUAAAAUGUCUACAAUAAAUAUUAAUAAUAGUGCUGUAAUUGAAGGUAUGAAUUACAUUAAACAGCAUUAUAUUAAUGAUAACAACGAGAAUCUAAACAAUAACCUUUUGAUAUUCAGUAAAGAUGUUGCAAAUCUUCAAGAAACAUUGGCAACUUUCAUUCAAGUAAUGGAUUCCUAUAUAGAAACCCCAACUAUAUCAUUUAUUAAAAGUGAAACUCAAAAAAAAGGUCAAGAUAACUCCUUACAACCAUGUAUUGAAGAAAUUAAUUUAUCUCCAUUAAAGUCCAUAAAUAUAGAAGAUAAAAAAGAAAAAGAUAAACCUUCAACAUUAGAAUCACUUAAAUUGAUAAAUAAAGACUUUUCUAAAUAUAAAGGUGGUGAAAUAUCUAUAAUUUCAGAUAAUAUACCAACAUCAUCUAAUACAGCUCAAAGAAUUGAGAGAAUUAGGAAACAACAAGAAAAAGUCAGAAGACAAAUUCAAGCUUUGUAUGAAUCAACAUCUAAAAGCAUAAAUUCGAAGGACUCAUCACCAAAUAAAAACUUAGGAAGUUUGUUUUUAUUCCCUGAUGAACAAGAAGAAACUCUGCAGAUGCGACUUACAAAUUCAAAUCCUAACUAUAUAGAUGAGUCAACUGGAAUUAAUAUGCCAUACGGUAUUCUCUGGUCACCCUCUUCUUCUUCUCACUCUGAAGAUCAAGGUGAUGUGGAAUAA